AUUGUGUUAAAAAAUGCAAUAUAUUCAGUAAUUAUAGAUUUCGAAAGGAGUGCUUUUCGCACUUUAAAUAGCCGUACCGCGCAACCUAAUUGUACAGUUACUUCCGCUGGAAAUCCCCAAUCCAGGAAGAAUGAAUAAUAUUGCGAAGUUUAAUGGAACAGCGACUGUGUAUCUACCUAGAAUUCCACCUGUUUCCUUCUUAGUUCUAUAUACUAAUGUAAAGAAGUGUAUGUAGGAAAAGGAAAGAAAAAGAGCAAGAUGGCUGUAAGUAAAACAAUGACAUCCAGACAGAUGUCAGGCCAUUUGUCAAUGGAUACAGAUCCAUUAUCCCCACAAAAUGACAACAGAUCUCCAAUAUUCAGUCUCAGCAGCAAUAAUAUGUCCACAGAUGCACUGGCUGGACCUCAAGAUGCAAGUAGAAGAUCAACACAAGAGUUGAAACAAGAAGCUAAACAUGCAGAAAGCAGGCCUGAACAUCUUAGUAUAGAGAAGCUUCCGGCAAAAUCAGUGUCUCGGUCUAGAAGUGGACAAAGAGAGGAACUUGACCAGGUUGGGUCAGAGCUACAAGCACAGAUACACGACAAGUUGGAGGAUAUGUCAAUAAACAAAGGACAGGAUAGCAGCUACAGUUCGAUGAGUUCAGGAGAUAGUUUCAGCUGUAGUAGCAUGCCGUCUGCUAACUGGGAGGAUGAACUGAAGCAAUACACAGAUAAAAUGCCACCAGAUAUAAGAAUGGGAUAUAUUGAUGUGUUAAUUCUAUACUGUGAGGAGGACCGAGAGCAAGCAGAAAAGUUUCAACAACAUUUGAGAGAGGAAAUCGAUGUUCCGAAUGGCCCUGUGCAAACUUUACUAUAUGAUGAUGCUGAAAUGCAGGCUAUUUGUGGUUCUAAAAUACAGCAUUUAGCUAAAGGUGUUGAGAGAAGCACAUACGUUUUUAUAUUCAUGACUAAAAACUUUAUAGACGAUAAGUGGUGUGAAUUUUCUAGUGAAAGUUGUUUAAUGGAGGCUAUCACAAACCCAUUGAAGCAAUGGUGUGUUGUUCCCGUUUACACUGAAAAACGUAAUUCGUCCUUCAGGGUUCCUAUGGGACUGAACACUUUAAAAGGGAUUAACUACUAUAAUAAUGACAGGUUUUAUAAAAAUGGUGUCGCAAGAUUGAUAGGAGAUAAGACUUGUGUACGGGUUCAGGCAAAUGAGGAGCAUAAAAUUAAACAGAAGAGAUGGCUAGAAGAAUACAAGAGAGAACAGAUAGUUAUAAGAGAAAAACAGCGUAGACUUCAAGAAUAUGAGAAAGCACAAACACAGCAGUUGCUAGACUGGCUCGAAGAAGAAACAAAAAGAUUGAUUCAUGCAGGUUUGCUCCCCAAUUUUCUGCCCCAUUCUUUUUCUGAGAGUGACAUAUCAAGCCGUGAUUCAACUAUGUCACAUUCUUCAAGUUCCAGUAGCUUGAAGCCAGUCCACUCACAAAAUCCAGCAGUAACAAGAUAUUUCCAACAGUUAAUUGCGCAGCAAAAAGUUUAUAAUUAUAAUUCAGGAUAUUACUCCCCGGAGCAAAUCGGGAUUAUGGAACAAGUUUACGGCAGUACAAGUCCAGUAACGCCAGGUUAUCCCAAUCAUGUUAGUCCACCUGUGAUGAAUGCGUAUCUAGGUCAGAGUCCUGGUCAGUUUGGCCCAGGUCAGUAUGGUCAGGGUUAUUUCCCUCCUGUUCAGAAUUCUGCUUCGUAUCAACAACAGUAUCAACAUCAUGUGAAGAGAAGCACGUCCCAGACCAGUGCAGACAUGGGACCAUCAACAGAAUUCAUUCUGCACACAGAGACGGGAGACAUUUCAGUUACAGUGCCUUCUGUGUUGGUGGAGAGAAUUAAGGAUCUACCAGAAGAUGCACAACAGAACGCAGUGCAAAGUUACUGCCAGCAGAUGGCUAUUAAACAACAACAAGAACAACAGACAGUUGCAAAUCAGCAGUGGAUUGCUGCUCAGAAUCAGUAUGCUACUAGUCAAAGGUUGUCCCCCUUGGAGAUGGAGAACAGAAAUCGGUCACAAGUCAUCAGUCCUGGUGGUGCAUAUCCGCAAUCUCCGUUGAUUUAUCAAAGAAAUUCAAACACUCUUCGGGAAGCAGUUCCAAAUUUUGACGCUAUAGGACAAUCAAUGAGUUCUGGAAGCUACCGGUCAGGAAGUACUGACAAUGAGACUUCAAGAUCAAUGCAGAGUGGUUUAUCCAGCCGAAUGGAAUCCAACCAGCCUGGACCUAGUGUAGGUCAGCUUGGCAGUAAUAUGGAUGGAAACAGGAGCGAGUUGCAAGGUAUCUUCCUAAAAAUAAAAAAUAUCUUUUUAGUCUCGAACUGGUUGAAAACCAGUUUUGGUGACUGUAUUUUUGCACCAUGUCUGUCAUUCUGCAAGUCUAUAACUCUGUCAUCCAUCAAGGGAUUUUAAUAUUACAGGGCAUAA